UGUGUGCAACAUAUAACUUAAAAUAAACUUGACUCCUUGAACACAAAAAUUAUCGACACGUCUCUCGUUCAACGUCAUUUUUGACGUUUUGUCAACCGAUUCGUUUAAUUGUCAAAAAUAGAGAAGACACUUGCAAUUAUUCUUCUUAAGUUGUAAAAUUAACAUCAAAAUUAUAAAUAUUCGUGUGUACGAAGAUUGUAUAUAAGUUACUUGGAAAUUACUGGUGUUCAUUUGUUUAAGUUAUCUCCUAAAAAUUAAAAAUAAAAAAAUAUGGGUGGUGUAUUAAGUUAUUUUCGAGGUUUACUGGGUUCCAGGGAAAUGCGAAUUCUAAUACUAGGUUUAGAUGGCGCCGGCAAAACAACAAUACUAUAUAGACUACAAGUUGGCGAAGUUGUCACAACAAUACCAACAAUUGGCUUCAACGUAGAACAGGUUACAUAUAAAAAUUUAAAAUUUCAAGUAUGGGACUUGGGUGGACAAACAAGCAUCAGACCUUAUUGGCGAUGUUACUAUAGUAAUACAGAUGCUAUAAUAUAUGUGGUUGAUUCUGCAGAUCGUGAUCGGAUAGGCAUUUCCAAAGAUGAGUUACUAUAUAUGCUAAGAGAAGAAGAACUUGCCGGCGCCAUACUAGUCGUCUUAGCCAAUAAACAAGAUAUGGAAGGAUGUAUGACAGUUGCUGAAGUACACCAUGCGUUGGGUUUGGAAAACCUUAAAAAUCGGACUUUUCAAAUAUUUAAAACAUCAGCGACAAAAGGGGAAGGUUUAGAUCAAGCUAUGGACUGGCUCUCAAAUGCAUUACAAAGUCGUAAAUAGUCCAACAUUGCAUCCAAAUAUAAAUUACGUUUAUUCAAUGUA